CUUAGCUCGGCCAGCUCGAUCAUAGCGAGAAGACCUACCGUAGAUCCAAGUCACUUCAGCGCGUGCAUUCAACGUUCUGAGCGAAGCUUGAACCGCCAGCAAAAGCAGGGGGCCACCACGCGAGGACAGGAGCGUCAAUAGUUGCCUUUUGCAGAGGUGUUUGCACUUUGGAAGGUUUUUAGACAGACAUUUUUGCAGCCGGCUCCAGAUCUUGAGAGCGGUUGGCUCCCUCCUUUCUUGGCAAGAUGGUGGUCGGAUUCGACAUCGGCAAUGAGAAUUGUGUCAUUGCUCUUGCGAGGCAAAGAGGCAUCGAUUGUGUCCUCAAUGAAGAAUCUAAGAGAGAGACACCUUGCAUGGUGUCUUUCAAUGACAAGCAGCGGCUCAUUGGUACUGCUGCAGCGGGUGCUGUCACUAUGAACCCUAAGAACACAGUAGGGCAGAUCAAGCGGCUGAUUGGGCGCAAGUUCAGGGAGCCGGAGGUGCAGAGGGAGCUUCAGUUCCUACCAUACAAGGUGGUCGAGGGGCCGGAUGGAGAUCCACUUGUUAGUGUGAUGUACCUAGGGGAGCAGCGGACCUUCACGCCAACCCAGAUCCUGGCCGCAAUUCUCGGGCAUCUGAAGGGAAUUGCAGAGAAAGAUCAGGGGUCCCCGCUGGUGGACUGCGUCAUUGGCGUCCCUGUGUUCGCCACAGAGGCUAUGCGGCGCUCGUACCUAGAUGCUGCCAAAAUUGUUGGCUUGAAUCCCCUCAGGCUUAUGCACGAGACCGCAGCGACUGCUCUUUCGUGGGGCAUCUACAAGACAGAUCUGCCUGACAACGAAACAGUCAACGUGGCAUUUGUGGAUGUCGGGCAUGCAAGCCUGCAGACCACGGUCGUGGCCUUCAAGAAGGGGCAGCUCAAGAUCCUGUCUGAGGCGUGGGACCGGAAUCUUGGUGGCAGGGAGUUUGACGAGGUCCUCUUCAACCACUUUGCGGACGAGUUCAAGGCCAACUACCACAUCGACGUCCGCACCAACCCGAGGGCGAGCCUGCGCCUCAGGCAGGCGUGCGAGAAGCUCAAGAAAGUGCUGAGCGCCAACCCCGAGGCGCCCAUCCAGAUUGAGUGCCUCAUGGAUGAGAAGGACGUCAAGGGUUUCAUGACCCGGGAGAAGUUUGAGGAGCUCGCUGCUCCUAUCCUGGAGCGCGUCAGGCAGCCCCUGGCGGUGGCGCUGGAGGAGUCGGGCCUGAGUGUGGAGCAGAUCAGCGUGGUGGAGGUGGUGGGCUCGGGGUCUCGCGUGCCUGCGAUCAUGAAGAUCCUGUCCUCCUUCUUCAAGCAGGAGCCCAAGCGCACGAUGAAUGCAAGCGAGACGGUGGCAAAGGGCACGGCGCUGCAGUGUGCAAUGCUGUCCCCCGUGUUCCGCGUUAGAGAUUUCCAGGUGCAAGAUGCCUAUCCGUACCCGGUCGCAUUCUCGUGGCAGAUGAGCGCAUCCGACAAUGACAAGGUGGAGGGGGAAGACGCGCCUCUCCCUUCCAACAGCGAAGUCUUCAAGAAACUCAACCCCCUGCCAAACUCGAAGAUUGUCAACUUCUACCGGUCCGAGCCAUUCAGCCUGGACGCAGUCUAUAACGACGCGUCUCUUCUGCCACCAGAGUAUCCGACUGUCCUUGGGACCUUCCAGAUUGGUCCGUUCACCCCCUCCAAGCCAAAGGCGGCGGUGCAGCUGAAGGUGAAGGUGAAGCUGAACCUGCACGGCUGCGUCACCGUGGAUCAGGCCACCAUGAUUGAGGAGGAGGAGAUCGAGGUGCCAGUCAACAAAGGCGCUGAGGCGACCCCCAUGGAGACGGAGGGGGACAAGAAGGAGGAGGCCUCAACUGCUGCGGGGGAUGCGGACAUCAAGAUGGAUGAUGCGGAGGCAGGGGCGGCAUCGGAGAAACAGGCAGAGGGGGGAGCGGCAGCCAAUGGAGAUGCAGCAAAGGUGGAGGUGGUGAAGAAGAAGAAGAGCCGGAAGGUGGACGUGCCGGUGACCGCCAAGGUGUGGGGCGCGCUGAGCCCGCCGGACCUGCAGAAGGCCGUCGAGGAAGAGUACGAGAUGCAGCUGCAGGACAAGAUCAUCGAGGAGACCAAGGAGAAGAAGAACGCCGUUGAGGCGUACGUCUACAGUAUGAGGAACAAGCUGUACGACCGGCUGGAGCCGUACGUGACGGAGGCGGAGAAGUCGACGCUGAUGAGCAAGCUGCAGCAGACGGAGGACUGGCUGUACGAGGAGGGCGAGGACGAGACCAAGGGGGUCUACUCGGCCAAGCUGGACGAGCUCAAGAAGAUGGGCGACCCGCUGGAGGAGCGGUUGAAGCAGGACCAGGAGCGCCCCGCAGCCGCGCAGGGCCUGAUGCAGACCAUCGCGAGCUACCGGGAGGCGGCGUUGUCCAAGGACGCCAAGUACGACCACAUUGAUGCGGGCGACAAGGAGAAGGUGGUGGAGGAGAGCAUCAAGGCGGAGGAGUGGCUGAUGGACAAGCAGGCGCAGCAGGCGACCGUGCCCAAGACCGGCGCGCCUGUGCUGCUGGCGGAGGACAUCAGGAAGAAGCAGGAGAUGCUCGACAGGCUGGCGCGUCCCAUCAUGACCAAGCCGAAGCCCGCUCCCAAGCCCGCCGAGAAGGAGACGAAGCCCGCCCCAGAGGCGAAGCCAGAGGAGGCAGGGCAGCAGGACGCGAAGAAGGACGACACAGCCACGCCGAUGGACACGGAAGCGGAUGCCGCAAAGAGCGGUGCUGAUGUCAAAGUGGAGCCAGUCGAUGAGUGAGACGCCGGUGCUUGUCUCGUGCGUAUGCAUUAAAGAUUUAUGUGAGGGCUGCUUUUCUUUUAUUUCCUAGUCGGCGAAACUAAGUUCCAGCAGAACGGGCCAACUUUAUAGACAUAGUUUCUCUUUGGCUGGGCGAUUGACUGUAGGGAAUGAUUUAGAACAAGCAAGCUUGGGCUUGUAGUUCAUAGGAAACGAGUGUAUCAAAUACACGGGCCCUUUUGCACCCUUUCAUGAAAGCUAUGAUAUAAUGGACAUUCUUCUGACUACUAGACACAUAUACCAUGCAGUCAUUUUCGUCCCUGCGUGGCCCCUUUUUGCUACAACAUCUCUCAUAUUGCCCGACACUUGAUAAGUUUUCAGACAACCAACCCGGUAAUGAGUUCCAACAUUGAAUGUGCUCC